CAGGCAGGCAGGCACAGCUAGCUCCCGAUCAGCUAGAGCUUCCGCGUUCAGCGUUGCGCGCGCUCAGCUCCAGCGAGUUUGAACUCUCGCACAGCUAGCUUGCUAGCUCGUUCCACCGGCGGGAGCCAGCCUGCCAUGCCGGCCUUCGCGGGGGGCGCAGCGGAGCCGCCGCUGGCGGACAGCUACUACGCGCUGCUCCGGCGCUGCGGCGGCGGCGAUGGCGCGCCCAACAACGGAGGCGCGCGCGCGGCAGUGGCGGCGCCCGUGGCGGAGUGCGAGCUCCCGAUGAUCGACGUCGGAUGCCUGACGAGCGGGGGCGGUGGGUCGUCGGAGGCGGAGCGGGCGGCGUGCGCGGCGGCCAUCGCGCGCGCGGCGGAGGAGUGGGGGUUCUUCCAGGUGCGCAACCACGGCGUGGCGCCGGAGCUCCUGGACGCGAUGCGGCGGGAGCAGGCGCGCCUGUUCCGCCUGCCGUUCGAGGCCAAGGCCUCGGGCGGCCUGCUCGGCGACUCCUACCGCUGGGGCAACCCGACCGCGACGUCGCCGCGGCAGUUGUCGUGGUCCGAGGCCUUCCACGUCCCGCUCGCCGCCGUCUCCGGCGACGCCGGCUGCGACUUCGGCGGCCUCACCACCCUGAGGGACGUGACGCGGGAGGUGGCGGGCGCGAUGUCGAAGCUGGCCGGCACGCUGGCGCGCGUGCUCGCCGAGGCCCUCCGCCCCGCCGCCGGGGAGCGCUUCCCGGAGGGGUGCGACGAGACGACGUGCUUCCUCCGGCUGAACCGGUACCCGCCGUGCCCCGUCUCACCGCCGGACGGCGCCUCCUUCGGCCUGGUGCCGCACACCGACAGCGACUUCCUCACCGUGCUCUGCCAGGACCACGUCGGCGGCCUGCAGCUCAUGAAGGGCGCCGGGUGGGUGGCCGUCAAGCCAAUCCCCGGCGCCCUCAUCGUCAACGUCGGGGACCUCUUCCAGGCAUGGAGCAACAACAGGUACAAGAGCGUGGAGCACAAGGUGAUGACCAACGCGACCACCGAGCGCUACUCCGUCGCCUACUUCCUCUGCCCGUCCUACGACUCGCCCAUCGGCGCGUGCGAGGAGCCUUCUCCUUACCGGACGUUCACGUUCGGGGAGUACAGGAGAAAGGUGCAGGAAGAUGUCAAGAGAACCGGGAGGAAGAUCGGGCUCCCCAAUUUCCUCGUCUAGGCUUUUGCAUGUGCCAUUUGGUCUAGAUGUAUACAAACCCUUCCACACACCCAUCCUUGUCCCUUUCUGGCCCUUGUCAAUCCAUGUUUCUUUCUGUAUGCCAGCAGCAUUGUACAGUGGAGAGUGCAGUGUGAUUGGUGCAGUGAUUAGUUUACUAGGUUGUAGCCUAAUUGAUGUAGCCAGCUACUAGCCCACAAGAAAGUAGUAGGAUCGAUCGAGAGCGUGCACCUAGGAUAGCGAUGCUUUUUUCCCCUGAUGACUGUCUUCCUUAACCUACUCCUGCUAAAAGAUGUUUGUAUGCUGAUGGAAGUUUCUACGUUUGCGCAUGCAUGUACAAGAAGUACUCAAUGCAACUACUUUACGUUGUAUACUU